GUCACGUCUCCCACGAACAAGCGCAACGAAGUCCAUGCGUCAGCGCAGCCGCCAUGCCUCGCUCUAAAAGAGGAUACGAGACAAUAGACCGGCAGGAUGAUAUUGAAGAUGAGUCAAAUUCUCAAUAUUCGCAGUCGUCCCAGGCGCAAACACCACAGGCCAGCAAAAAAGCUAGAGUUUCGGCAGUUUCAAGCGAUAUACGACAUACGACCGCUGUGGACGAUGCCUCAAGCUUAGAUGAAGCGCUAGAUGACGACGACGGUGGGCUUGACUUCCCUCCACAGACGCAGUACGAGAUAAUGCGUGACAAUGGAUUCAAGCAUCUUGAGAAUCUUCAAGAGGACGAUGAACGAGCAACAAGACAUAUAGCACGUGAACGAUCGAAUUAUGGCGAAAACAUGAUUGCGGAGAGUGGAAUCAUCCAAAGCAUCACAUGUUACAAUUUUAUGUGCCAUGAGCGGCUCCAUGUUGAGCUUGGGCCAUUGAUUAACUUUAUCGUUGGUGAGAAUGGCAGCGGAAAGAGUGCAGUAUUGACUGCCUUAACGCUUUGCUUGGGCGGUAAAGCUAGUGAUACCAAUCGUGGAGGCAGCUUGAAGUCGUUCGUCAAAGAGGGCCGCGAACAAGGGAGUCUUGUUGUGAGAAUCAAGAAUGGUGGCCCUGGUGCGUACCAGCCACACCUCUACGGAAACUUGAUUACGGUUGAACGACAUUUCUCCAAAUCUGGUGCUAGUGGCUUCAAAGUAAAGAACGAACAGGACAAAAUUGUGUCGACGAAGAAGCAUGAGAUUGACGAGAUUUCAGAAUGGUUUGCGUUACAAAUGGGAAAUCCUUUGACAGUAUUAUCUCAGGAUAACGCUCGUCAAUUCUUGAACUCGGCAUCACCAGCUCAGAAAUACAAGUACUUUGUAUCUGGCGUUCAACUAGAGCAAUUGGACAACGACUAUAAGAUGUCUCAGGAUACGCUAGAGAGAACGCUUAUUCUGCAUAGCGAACUCGACGGAAAAGUUGCUCAUGUGAAAAAACAGAUGGAAGAUGCCCAGAGACUUGCAGAAACAGCACAGAAAAACACGAACCUUAGGGAAAAGCUGCGACACCUACGCAAUCAGCUUGCUUGGUACCAAGUCGCGGAACAAGAGCGCGCACUUGAAGCUCGAAAUGUUGAUUUGGUGAGGCGAGACGGAGAAAUAACGAGACGAGAAGCUGAAUGUGACGAUAUGACCAAAGCGCUUCAGGAAACAGAAGAAAAGCUAGAGCGUGUGAAAAGCGUGCGCGAUGCUCUUAGUUCAGAGCGUUCAAUCCUCAAAGAAAAGACUUCUGAGGUUGAGGAAGCAUACAACACUGUUAAAAAAGAGCUUGUUGAGCUUCAUCGAGAAGAACGCGAUGCACACGCACGACUGAAGACGAUGAUUGCAGAAAUUCGAUCAUGUGAAACCAAGAUAAAAGAGGAAGAGCAGCGCCUUGGAGAGUCUACCGGAGCAGCCAGAGCUGAAAAGGAGCAAGAGCUCGCUGAAGCCCGCGACCGGGAGGCACAGCUGCGAGCCGAAAUUGAUGAGGCUGCUGAACAGGUUCCUGUGUUGAGAGGAAAGGUGACGGAAGCAGAUCUGGAGCUUAAAAAUCAACAGAGGGUGAAGGAACUGAAACGAAAAGAUAUUAUUGCUGGCGAAGCACUGCUCAAACAGAUGGAACAAAGCACUGGAUCUGCUCAUGAUGGCUACGACAAGGACAUGCUUGAGCUUGUGAAAGCUGUCGGUAAAAGCAAAGACUUUGAACACCAACCCAUCGGACCUAUUGGUGCCCACAUCCGGCUUCUUGAACCAGACUGGUCUGGAAUAUUAGAAAAGACAUUUGGUGAGACAUUGAACGCCUUUGUGGUUAGAAGCAAGAAGGACCAGACAGCAUUAUCGGGCUUAAUCAGAAGGAUUGGUAUGAAAAAGCCACCUCCUAUUAAUAUCGCCUAUGGUGGGAGUCUUGAUACCAGUAGUCAGGAGCCAGACUCGAGCUUUCAGACUGUGCUUCGAGUCCUCCAGUUUGAUGAUGAAAUAGUCAGGUCUCAGCUGAUCAUAAACAGCCAAAUUGAGAAGAUUAUCUUGGUUAGUGAUCGUGUCGAGGCGGAAGGAAUUAUGAUUGAUAAUGCUGGACCUCCUCGAAAUGUUACGGCCUGCCUUUGCUUUCAUGACGGUAAGAGCAAACGCGGCCAAGGUCUGCGCAUCACCAACAGAAAUGGUACGACAAGCACGGCACCAGUCGUACCAACAAUGCAGCGCCCCCGAAUGCAGUCCGACUCCGGCCAGCAGCUGAGCAUUCAGAAAGAAAAUCUAAAUCAGCUCGGACGGGAAAUGUUGGACCUCACAAAAACAGAACGACUUGCGAAACAAAAUCUCGAGAAAUGCAAGCGUCAGCUUGAGACACAUGGCGAUGAGAACAAGAAGCUGACUGUGAAGCUUCGCCACGCUCAGGCAGACAUGGAGCGUGCUGCGGAAGAGCUUGACGCUUUUGAAGGCGCCGAUGACAGACUUGUGCUGCUCCGAUCUGAUCUUGAAAACAAACGCGUGGAGGAGGACCAGCUUGGAAGCCAAUAUGGUGAUCUGACACUAGCGAAAACUGAUUUGAACACGAAGGUGGAGAAUGCUAAAAAGGUUCUUGAAGCAUGCCGGGCAGAUGACGAGGCGUUUGAGGAGAGAGUUUCUAAGGCAAAUCUCAAAGUAAACAACUGCGAGACUCUACGGCAAAUUGCUGUCUCGAAUAAGAAUGCUGCGUUUGAAGGGUUGGACAUUGAACGAUCAGAACGACGCCGAGCAGAGGCAAAACGAGAUCAAAAGGUUCAGGAAGUGGAAGAGUUCACGGAACAAGCCACUGAGGUUGCUCCUGACCGUGUUCAUAUUCCCGAGAGCGAGACAUACGAAAGUAUCGAGCAGAAGUAUUCACGGAUCAAUGAACAGCUCAAGCAGAGAGAGAGGCGAAUCGGAGCCACAGACGAACAGAUCUUCCAGCGUGCGGAACAGGCGCGUGUCAAGUAUGAAGAGGUGGUCCAGGAAACCAAAGAUGUCGAUGAGACAAUCAUGGCGCUGAAGAAGGCAAUUUCCUACCGCCUACACCGCUGGAGAGAAUUCCAAAAGCAAAUCAGUGCACGAAUUCGGAUCCAGUUCAACUACUUGCUCAGCGAGCGUGGCUUCCGUGGCAAGAUCAACUUCGACCAUCGACAAAAGCAAGUUCUACUUCAAAUUGAGCCUGACGAAACGCGGAAGAGUAAUGUUGGACGGGAUACCAAGACAUUGUCUGGAGGUGAAAAGUCAUUUUCGUCCAUCUGUAUGCUGCUUUCAGUGUGGGAAGCCAUUGGCUCGCCAAUCAGAUGUCUUGACGAGUUCGACGUUUUCAUGGACAAUGUCAACCGAGCCAUUAGCACAGACAUGCUUGUGGACACUGCACGUCGUUCAGUUUCACGACAAUAUAUUCUCAUCACGCCUAAUGCCAUUGAAGGCCGUGCUAAGGUUGAUAAAGAUGUCAAGGUUAUUCGAUUGACCGACCCUCGUCAACGGACGUUGAUAUAAUAUAUAAACAAGGACAGAAAGAAUAGUGGCGCUGGCAAAGAAAAUGGUUACAUGGCACAGGUUAACAUUAACGAAUUGAAUCUAUUGGGUGUUUUUUUUUAAAAACUGGGAUCUACUCCAGAUAUUGUACACAGGUUUCCAGCUACUAUUUGAUGUCAAAUAUGCUGUCUAUUAUUACACAUGCCUCUCACGAAGCAAACUUUUCGUCUUGAUCUGAUUGGAUGUCGUUUAUAUGCGGACGCCUUUGCUUCGAAGAACAUUGACACCAGCGCUGAGUGUGAAGCCGACCCAUUGGGAAGCAGAGCCGACAGCUCCACCGAUGGAGUUACUCUCCUUAAUUCUGCGUGCGAGGAACUGCUUUGUUUCGAUAAACUCGGGCGAUUUGUCGUUUGUCAUGAAGAGCUCGGUUGUGCUGUAGAGGACGGAGAGCGCCGUACGUUUUGUGUACCAAGUGUAGUCGACAGCCUUGUCUCCCGCCAAGAAUAAAAUGUCGUCAGAGAGCUGCGCGAGCUCCUUUAAUGAAUGAGGCAGAUUUGUCGGCUGCGCCAUGAUGGCCAAUGCCUACAUUGGGUUGUAAUUUAGCAUGGGGAAUCCGAGGUUACAACAUCCUACACAUACCUCUUGCCACUGAUUAAUAAUCUGAGUGUUGCCGACAAGACGCUCCCAUGCCAGCAUCUCUACUUUGGCAUCUGUCGAAGUCGGCGCUGAUUCCUGGCUGAAUAGUUGCUCGCUACGGGCAGCCAGCUCCUUGCGCUGGCGAACGAGGUGAUGGUUGAUCAGGCUGAAGGCGCCAUUGGGCAUUACGCUGGCGCUGAUGUCGAGGUAGCCGGCAUCCCGGGCACCCAUACCGAGGGAUUGCUGCGAGAAGCCAUGCUCUGGGACGUGCUUAUACGCAGCGGAGAGGAUGGCCUCCUCGACGUUGUUUGCUCUGGCAGACUGAGGGUGAUCGUAGGAGUGGAAUUGUCGAGGACGGAGGACGCAUUGGCGAGGAGCAGCACAUUUACGUCGAAGCGCAGACUGGCAAGUAGAUCGGGCGGCCAUUUUGGGCAGGUUGGAAGCAAUUGGUUGGUAUGUAUAGCUCGCUGCUUAACGAAAUACGUCACAAAACCUGUCAAUGCAAGAAAGCCCAGGCGCACACAUGCACGUUAGUUCCACUGUCACGCGUUUUUUUCCCGUCGUCGCCGGCCGCCUUGGGGGUCGCAAAGGAGAGGGCCACGUGUGGGGCCGAUUCGCAGAAAGGGAGCGGAGCUACGCUGGUGCGUUUCGCCUGCAGCAGAGCAGCUACAGUGCAGAAGAGAUGUGUUUUGGUGCUGAGCGCUGUGAAAGCGUCGUUUUUAUUUCGUUUCCGUCAUGGUUGCAAAGGCAGCGAAAUGGACAGAGGAAAUCGUGUGUGUGUGGUGCGUAGGGAACUGUGCCCAGCAACAGCACCCGCCGCGAUGGAAAAUGAGGGGGGAUGUUGGGUCGUUGGAGCUGCUUAUAGCUACAAAAACUAUGAACGACCUUGGCCAGUUGGCGAGCUUCUCAAGGGACACGCCCCUCAAUUUGUGGCGACCCUUUGCAGGGCAUAUGAUACAGUGUAGUUAACCGUCUACUGGGG